GAUGCCAUUAGAAGCGAAUAUCCAGGAACUAAACAUGUCAUUCCACCAUGGAAUAUUCUAUACAAGGUACCAAGUUGGUUUUCUCUUCAUGUUGGGCCACGCUAUGCAGAAUUUAAAUCCAUGUUUGAUGCAUUCAUUCAAAUUGAGAAUACCGAGGAGUUUGAACUACAGUGGAGAGACAUGAUUUCUGUGUUUGGAUUUGGUUCAGAUAAACACAUUGGUUUACUGUAUUCUGUUCGAGCAUCCUGGGCACAAUCCUAUGUGAGAGGUUACUUUCUAGCUCGAAUGGCUACAAUAGCUUACUCAAAAUCAAUAGAUGCUUUUCUGAAAGGGAUCUUCGCUGCACAAACUUGUUUGCGUAGCUUUUUCGAGCAGAUUGGCAUUUCUGCGAACAUCCAACAUCAAGCGCAUCAGGAGACUCACUAUAUGCAUCUGAAACUUGCAUACCUGUUGAAGAGCAUGCACGGAGUAUCCUCACGCCUUUUGCUUUUAAUGCUUUGCAGCAAGAGUUAUUGCUGGCCAUGCAAUAUGCUGCAUCUGAGAUGGCCAAUGGAUCAUAUAUUGUGCGGCAUUUCAAAAGUAUGGAUGGAGAACGGCUUGUAAUAUGGUUGGCCGAAGACGAACAAAUUCACUGCUCUUGCAAGGAAUUUGAAUCCGCAGACAUGCUCUUCGUGUGUUCAUCUUAAAGAAUUACUUUCAGCUGGCUGACAAAUACUAUUUAAGCAGAUGGAGACGGGAAUGUACUUUACUAAUUGAUGAUGAUCACAACAAUCAAAUUACUGAUGGGGAGUGGUUUCAAGAGUACCAGUCCCUAGCUGAAACUUUAUUUUCAGAAUCCUCGAUUACAAAGGAACGGCUCGAAGUGAACUGACAAAAGAACUUACCAGGAUUCUCAAUGAGGUCAGAAAUCUGCCGGACACCGAUGGAGUCCUAAUGAACAUGACUGCAUCGCCGACCAGUUAGUUAGAAGUGUUGGUUUUUAUAUACAUGAUUACAUAAUAUGCUAGUUUGAAAAGAGUUGCAAAGCAGAGAAUGGCAGAACAGUAAGUUUUGAAGGGAAAAUUGCCAAAACACUUUCAGCAUGCGUUUGAAAUGGCUAAUUUACAUGUACAUUGAUAUGAUUUUUCUUGUAUCAUUUUUUACAUCAUUGUCUUCUCAAAUCCAUGAAAUGUUUAUGAUUUUG